CUCAAGCCGCGCGUCCACGUAGCAUUUCGACGCAAAUCUUCGGGGACUUGGAAAAUCUCAGGAUGGCCCAAAUGCCGGUGUCCGUGAUUGUCGCCAGCACGGUACAAUUCCAGCAGUUCGGGACAGAGCCCAAGGGCGGCAUCGGCAAGGAUGGCACACUGCCUUGGAGAUUGCCACAGGAUAUGAGUCACUUCAAGAACGUGACUACUGCAGUGGAAUCUGGCAAGCAGAACGCAGUCAUCAUGGGACGUCGCACCUGGGAAUCCAUCCCUGAGAAGUUUCGCCCGCUGCCGAACCGGGUUAAUGUGGUGCUGACCUCUGGAGAGGCUUCACAGUAUCCGGAGGGAGUGCUCGUGGCAUCCUCAGUGGCCAGUGCAGUCACCUCACUGGAAGGCCGAAGUGAUGUGGCCGAGAUUUUUGUGAUCGGCGGGCAAGCCGCCUACAAAGAGGCCAUGGAAAUGCCAAGCUGCGUGCGUCUCUACAUCACCCGGGUGGCUAAGGAGUUUGAGUGUGAUGCCUUCUUUCCGGCCAUCAGUGAUGCAUUCCAGCCAGUGCAUGUUGGUGCCACCAAUAGCCACGGGGAUAUCACCUUUGAUUUCACCAUCUAUGAGAGAGUCCCUGCGCAGGAAAGCCUGACGAAAGGUGGCUAUGUGGGAGCAGCAACGUUGGUUCAACAACCCUCCGCAGCGCUGGCUGCAGCGGGCGGUGCUGGACAAUUCUUGCACGAGGAGUACCAGUACUUGAAGGCCAUCAAACUCAUCAUCGAUGAAGGUGUCCACAUGGAAGAUCGCACAGGUGUCGGAACUCGUUCCAUCUUCGGACAUUCCAUGCGCUUCAAUCUCCGCAAGUCGUUCCCACUACUGACGACCAAGCGCGUCUUCUGGCGUGGGGUGCUGGAAGAAUUGCUGUGGUUCAUCAAAGGUGAUACCAACGCCAACCAUUUGACCGAGAAGGGUGUUAGGAUUUGGGAAGCCAACGGCUCUCGCGAAUUCCUGGACAAGCGCGGCUUGGGACAUCGCGAGGAAGGCGACCUGGGCCCUGUCUACGGCUUCCAGUGGCGCCACUUUGGGGCGAAGUACCAGGACAUGCACACUGACUACACUGGACAGGGCGUGGAUCAGCUGGCCGAGUGCAUCCGGAAGAUCAAGGAAGAUCCCACUGAUCGUCGCAUCCUUCUGUCAGCCUGGAAUCCUGCGGAUUUGCACCUCAUGGCGUUGCCCCCGUGUCACAUGUUCUGCCAGUUCUAUGUUGCCAACGGUGAACUGUCCUGCCUGAUGUACCAGCGCUCGUGUGAUAUGGGCUUGGGCGUGCCCUUCAACAUCGCAUCUUAUUCUCUGCUGACCUGCAUGAUGGCUCAGGUCUGCGGGUUGAAGCCUGGGGAGUUCGUGCACAACCUUGGGAACACCCACGUCUAUCAGAACCAUGUGGAACCGCUGAAGACGCAGUUAGAGAGGACCCCCAGGCCCUUCCCGGUGUUGAAGAUCAACCCCGAGGUGAAGGAGAUCGACGGCUUCCAAGCCUCCGAUUUCGAGCUGGUGGGUUACAGUCCACAUGGCAAGAUCGCUAUGGAGAUGGCCGUCUAGAUCGCCUGGGGAGAACAUCAAACGACAUCUGACCACCAGAGACGUUUGAGCCGUGGGGCUGUGCCAUCGCCUGCCUGGAGAGGGCUGGCACGGGGAAAAUGAGGGGAGCCAUGGGACUCUGAGCCGAGUCCUAGGGGAUGGCCAAUCCUGCAGACAUCCAGCGAG